AUGAGCACCAAUUUUCGAAGGACUGCACUGGGUGCUUGCACCACGGUGGCCGCUGUCUACGCGGCUGCAUUUACGGCAGUACGGGCGGUGUUCCUGGGGGAGUCACGAGGACCUGAGCUGCACGUCGUACCGCAGUGCGGCUUCAAGCUGUAUUGCAUCUCCUCGGUGAGCUUGCAGCGCCCCCUGAAGAGCGUCAGCAACGCGCUGAACAUAUUCAGGUUCCCCCUGUGCGUGGCCCACAGCGCCUGGGCCCUGGUACGGGCCGGGCCCCAUGUGCUGGUGGGUACAGGGGGCAAGGUGUCCGUACCGGCAUGCGUGGCCGCGGCCGCACUGGGUAUACCACUGGUCUUGUACGAGCCCAACGCCCAGGCCGGGGCUGCCAACCAGGCCCUGCACGUCAUCGCACGACAGACACUGUUGGCGUACGACAGCGCGGCAGCAGGGCUGCGUUACAAGGAUAGGUGUGUGGUGGUGGGUCCUGCGGUGCGGAGCGAUGUGCUUGACUGUGUGUGGGGCGGCCAGGGGGCCGUCAGGCGGCGGCGGCGGAAGGCGCGGGCGGCGCUGGGGGUGACCGGUCGGGGCACCCGGUUACUGCUGGUGCUGGGUGGCUCCGGGGGCUGCGGGUACUUGAACUGUGCGGUCAACAACGCGCUACCGCAGCUGGCUGGGGUACCAGGGUUACACGUCUUGUGGCAGACCGGCGCCAAGCAGUACGUGUCGUACUCUGCUGGAUAUGCGGCCAGCCUGCCAAGCGUCCGCUGCGUACCCUUCCUGCCGGAGCCGGGUUCCGCACUGUUAGCCGCUGACCUGGUGCUGUCACGUGCCGGUGCCUCAACCGUAUCUGAGCUGGGCGCGGUGGGUGUCCCCGCGCUGCUGGUGCCCUCCCCGGCCGUCAGCAACGAGCAGCAGACCGCAAACGCCCGAGUCCUGGUGGACAAAAAUCAGGCGGUGCUAGUGCCGCAGGUGGAGGUGGAUGAGGGCGGUCUCGCCCCGCACCUGCUGCCGCUGCUCACCCCAACAGACGGCAGGCGACUGGCGGGCAUGCGACGGGGGUCAUGUGUGGAUUUGAGCUCACAGCAAAAAACAACAGGUCGCCACAACACAUGCAACAAGCGUUAA